AUGUCAGAAGCCUCUAUAUAUAGCACAAUAUUGAUUAGAUCACAUGGAUUUGAAACUGGCCAAUUACAGCUACCAUUUGGAUUCACCAGCAUGCUGGCCAAUUUAUCCAGCCAAUCAGAAGCUCUGAAGUGCUACAAUGAUAAUGAUGAGUCUGUUAUUUCUCCUGAAAGUAAUGAAGAGAUAUCUCAACACAAGUGUGAAGAAUCUGUCAUGACAGGUACAAUGGGAUGCCUUGUCAAAGUAGGCAGCUCUAAUGAGAAACAGUGGCAAGCUUCAUAA